AUGGCGGAGGCAAUUGGUGUUGCUGCAAGCAUUGCCGGCCUUGUCCAAGUCAUUGCUACGGUAUAUGGUCUAAUUCAUACCUACGCUGGGGGCGUCAAUCGAGCAGAUAAAGACCGCCAGGAAUUACUGGAAGAGCUCAAGACACUCAGCCUUCUUGUUGUUCACUUGCAAGACGAAGUUAGAGAAAACUGGGAAGGGUCACCAGCACUGCAAGCAUUGUGCUCCAGGGAUGGGGUGCUUCAGGGGUGUGCUCUAGAGUGUGCUGUAGAGUUGAAAAGGUUGGAGGACCGGUUCAAGCAUAAGAAUCGAUUCCUAAGCCGCCUGAAAUGGCCAUUACAAGCGGGCGAAACCAAGGAAUACGUAGAAAAGAUUGAGAGGUUUAAAUCGACGGUUGAUAUAGCUUUGGGUUUGGACAAUCGCGCGAGCAUGAGACGGCUCGAAGAGAACGUGAAAUCUGCAACCCUUUUGGUUCAGGAUUUCAGGGCUGAGACGAAAUCAAUGAUGAACCUUGCGACUCAAAAUUCUGAGCCAUCUCAAGCAGACGCCUCGUCACGCAAAGCUAUACUUGAUUGGCUAUACCCGGGGGAUUUCAACGCCAAACACUACGAAAUCGGCAAUAGGAGACAAAAAGGUACAGGCGAUUGGCUUCUGAAAUCGCCAGAAUUUAUCGGUUGGGUUGAAGGGAGACUAAAAUCCCGCUUACUCUGGGGUCAUGGCAUUCCUGGAGCUGGCAAGACUUUUUUGAGUUCCACUGUUAUCGAUCACCUAGGAAAUACAUCUUCGACAAAACGCGGGUUUUUGCUUGUACACCUACAUAUCAACUAUUUGUGUCAACAGACGACAACAAAUCAAAUCCUAAAUGCACUCGAGAAACUCGAAAGUACAGCCAUGGGAGAGACAUCAUUGUAUCCUACGUACGAUAGCGCGAUUGAGCGUAUCAAUGGCCAGCACCCACCUGAAAGAGAGCUCGCAAUCAAAAUUCUCACCUGGUUAGUUAAAGCCAGGAGAGUUCUUGCAAUGAACGAGAUUAGAGAAGCAGUAUCGAUUGUCCCAAACCGAUAUGAAAUGGACGAAAUGGAUUUGCCGGAGAGAAGGACGUUGAUUGAGGAGUAUCUUCUUGAGAAAGCUUCCUUGAUAUUGAAGCCCGACGCCGAACUUGCUAUCGCAUGUGUUACCUAUCUCUCGUUCGAUGCUUUCUCAGUCGAAUUACCUGAUAAUUAUACAUUGGGCAUGAAGAGAGUCAAAAGAAGGCUCAUACACCAGUACCCAUUCGUUACAUAUUCAAGCGAAAUGGCGAUCUUUCAUAUGAGAUCCAGCGAUAUGGAAUCGACAUUCGAGCCUUUUCUGCACUUUCUUGGGAAAACACAUAAUAUGUCCCUUUUCGUCAGAAUGGGUAAUCAUACCUUCCUAUACCCAUCACCAUUACACAUCGCAUCCGCUGCAGGUCACCUAGAAGUCGUAAAACGGUUGGUCGAAAAAGGCGAGGAUGUUUUGGUUGCGGACCCGCUCUCAAGACUUCCAUUACAUAUUGCUGCUUUGGAGGGCCGUGAGGCAGUAGUGAGCUAUUUUCUUCGAACCAAACAUAGACGACAACAUUGGGUAGCCACUAUUAAAGGAUAUCAUGGAAAUACUGCAUUGCAUGAGGCAUCUUCGGGAGGUCAUGAGCGGGUAGUCAUGCUACUUCUCAACAAACAUCUGUAUCCCCCAUGGAUUAGAAAGAUACAUAAGCUAGUAAACAUGUAUCAAAAUACUGCGCUGUAUUGCGCUGUUUCGAAUGGACAUGAAGCAGUGGCUAGGUUACUUCUCGACAACGGAGCUGAUAUAAACGCUGCUUACGAACAGAAAGGGAUAUUAUUGCACAUGGCAGCAGAAAUGGGUCAUGAGGCAAUAGUCAAGCUUCUUCUCGACAACGGAGCUGAUGUAAACGCUAUUUACGAACUAAAACAGACCUUACUGCACAAGGCAGUAGAAAUGGGUCGCGAGGCAAUAGUCAAGCUGCUUCUCGACAGAGGAGCCGAUGUAAGCGCUGUUGACCAAUCGAACAAGACUGCAUUACACAAGGCAGCUAGAGAUGGAAAAGAGUCAAUGGUCAAGCUUCUUCUCGAAAAAGGAGCCGAUAUAGACGCCAUUAACCAAUCGAACGAGACUGCAUUGCACAGGGCAGCUUGGUUUGGAGCACAGACAGUACAUGUAGCCAAGCUUCUUCUCGAAAAAGGAGCCGAUAUAAACGCCGUUAACCAAUCGAACGAGACUGCAUUACACAAGGCAGCUAGAGAUGGAAACGAGGCAAUGGUCAAGCUUCUUCUCGAAAAAGGAGCCGAUGUAAACGCUGUUGACCAAUCGAACAAGACUGCAUUACACAAGGCAGCUAGAGAUGGAAAAGAGGCAAUGGUCAAGCUUCUUCUCGAAAAAGGAGCCGAUGUAAACGCUGUUGACCAAUCGAACGAGACUGCAUUACACAAGGCAGCUAGAGAUGGAAACGAGGCAAUGGUCAAGCUUCUUCUCGAAAAAGGAGCCGAUGUAAACGCUGUUGACCAAUCGAACAAGACUGCAUUACACAAGGCAGCUAGAUAUGGAAACGAGGCAGUAGUCAAGCUUCUUCUCGAAAAAGGAGCCGAUGUAAACGCUGUUGACCAAUCGAACGAGACUGCAUUACACAAGGCAGCUUGGUUUGGAAGACAAGCAGUAGUCGAGCUUCUUCUCGAAAAAGGAGCCGAUGUAAACGCUGUUGACCAAUCGAACGAGACUGCAUUACACAAGGCAGCUUGGUUUGGAACACAGACAGUACAUAUAACUGCAUUACACAAGGCAGCUAGAGAUGGAAAAGAGGCAAUGGUCAAGCUUCUUCUCGAAAAAGGAGCCGAUAUAGACGCCGUUAACCAAUCGAACGAGACUGCAUUGCACAGGGCAGCUUGGUUUGGAGCACAGACAGUACAUGUAGCCAAGCUUCUUCUCGAAAAAGGAGCCGAUAUAAACGCCGUUAACCAAUCGAACGAGACUGCAUUACACAAGGCAGCUUGGUUUGGAAGACAAGCAGUAGUCGAGCUUCUUCUCGAAAAAGGAGCCGAUGUAAACGCUGUUGACCAAUCGAACGAGACUGCAUUACACAAGGCAGCUUGGUUUGGAACACAGACAGUACAUAUAACUGCAUUACACAAGGCAGCUAGAGAUGGAAAAGAGGCAAUGGUCAAGCUUCUCUCCGAAAAAGGAGCCGAUGUAAACGCUGUUGACCAAUCGAACGAGACUGCAUUACACAAGGCAGCUAGAGAUGGAAACGAGGCAAUGGUCAAGCUUCUUCUCGAAAAAGGAGCCGAUGUAAACGCUGUUGACCAAUCGAACGAGACUGCAUUGCACAGGGUAGCCAAAGCUUCGGUUCUGGAGGACAAAAUACCAUCUCUCGAGUUAAUUAUUAUCGCUGCGCACACAUCUAUCAUCCGGCUUGCCAUUCUCGUAUAG